AUGCAGAGCGCGACUAGCUGUUACGAUAUCCCUAGGCGUGAAAGCCAGGUUUGGGCCGACUGGCUGGACUGUGAACGAAUUGCCAAUUCUUCAUCAUGGAGCAGCUCAACAUCCUCGACGCUUGUUGAUGAUUCCAGCCUCGUCUGCGCCAGUAGUAGUCAUGACGGCCCGCUGCCUCUAUGUUUUUCAUUCACGCCGCCAUCGCCCUUCAGUGGCAGUUUUUCAACAUCGCAGACGUCGAUUGAUUCGGCAUCAGACUAUGACGAGUUGCCAGAAAUUCCAUGCAUCUCGUCAGCAUCCUUGCGAUACCACAAUGGCUGGAACCAGCAAGACGCCAAUCGUUACAAUCCCGAUGUCGAUAAUAACGAGCGAUCAUUUUGGGCCUCGAUGGUUCGCCCGAAAGCGCCACAAUCCUCAGAGCGCAACAUAGCGAUUCUGGGACAGAUGAACGAGCGAGUUCUGAUGCCACGAAGAGGCCGCGCGCCCUCAGUCUCUUCAACGGCAUCAUCCCGCAUGCGGCCUACACCAGCAAAAUCGAUACUCUCGUCUAAUUCGUCCAUUCGCACGAGGACUGGACGCACCGCUCAAUCCGUGAAGUUCCUCGAUAUGCCCACUAUUCACUACGAAGAAGAUGAAUGCGGACCCCCUCCCGUCCCGACAAUCACCGCAGAAAAGCGCCGGCCGAGUUUCUUGAGGUGGUUUUUCGGUGGCCGUUCGGACACGAAUAAGAUGUCUAAGGCAAGUCCAGAACGACCAACAAUAUCGGGGCCAUUCCCACUGUGGGAGGCGCCCCCACGCCGAGAACCUGGGGGGGCGGCGAGUUUAAGGUCGAUGAAGUCGAGCGGCAGCCUUCGGUCUGUCCGCUCGUGUGGCAGCAGGCUGCAGGCAUAUUGGAGCAGAACAAAUGGACGAGAUCCAUGA